CGACUCGGUCUUUGCUUCCGUGUUUCUAUGCGCCAUGUUGUGUGAACGUAGCACUUCAUGUAACAGGGUGGAUAGGCCUACGGGUAUUGCGUUCUUAAUGUGAAGAUAAAGGUUUUUAAAUAAUGCUUGAAGCCGCAGUGUUUCAAGCUUUUUAAAAUUGUUUCACCCGUAUCCUCUAUAUAGGAACAGCAAGAAAUCGGCGAUCUGUGUGCAGUUGGUUGUGCCCCGUCAUGCCGGUGGUCAUCCGUUUACAGGGACUCAGAAUCACAGCUGGUUCUGAGGACAUUCGCAAUUUCUUCACUGGCCUAAGAAUCCCCGAUGGUGGGGUGCACAUUGUUGGUGGAGAACAUGAGGAGGCUUUCAUUAUCUUUACUUCAGAUGAAGAUGCGAGGCGGGCUAUGACCCGCUCUGGGGGGUGCAUCAAAGGGUCUCCCGUUAACCUUCUGCUGAGCAGCAAGUCAGAAAUGAAGAGCGUCCUUGAGGCAAGCAUGAGAAAAUCUGAAGCAAGCAAGCGGAGGGUUUACAACGAAGGGAUCAGGAGACCAAAUGCUCAGACAGUACCUUGUUCCGUCUCUGAGAACCUGUCCAUAGAAGGUUGGCGAAUGAACCGCUCAGAUAUGGGUAAUAGCUCAGGACCGGUCAUCUUGAGUAGUCCGCGUCCUUAUCGUUCGAGAAAGACUCUACCAGACAGCAUUGAUGGCUUGUAUCUGCAUUUGCAGGGAUUGCCGUUUUCUGUAACAAAAGGUGAUGUGACAGAUUUCUUCCAUGAGCUGCAGGUAGAUGAUGUGAUUCUCCAGAAGAAUCGAAGAGGACUAAACAAUGGGAGUGGAAUUGUGAAAUUUGCAACACUGCAUGAUUCAAGAGAAGGUCUGAAGCGGGACCGUGAGUACAUUGGAUCUAGAUUCGUGGAAAUUAACGCAUGCACCGAGCAGCAGUGGAUUAGAGCAUGUGCUCAGGCUGAGGCAUAUGUAGAUAGCACUGUUGAGUUUGGCAGGAAGCAGUCUCCAGUUCAUGUGGAGAGGAGGUAUGGUAGGGAUUGCACAAGAUCACGCUCACCGGAAGCCUACAGGUCAAGGUCAGCCUCCCCUUCUGCUGAAGAAUACUGUGUCCUGGUGGAAAACCUCUCUUACACAGUGGAAAAGAGUGACUUGAAGGCCUUCUUCCACCCUGUGCUGCUGAAGGAUGAUCAAAUUGCACAUCUCUUUGAUAGAAAUGGGAGGAAGACACGAUCUUGGUUUGUGGUGUUUAGAAGCCUGAGAGACUACUGUGCUGGUUUGGCACACCACAAGGUGGACUUUGCAAACCGAACAACAUAUGUUUCUCCUGUUUCCAAGGAAAAAAUGCUGGAGAUGUUAGAGUCUGCAAAGAUGAAAUUGGAGGAGCAUGAAGAGAGGGCCAGUAAGUCUUUUGAAAACUCACUUCAUUAUCAUGGGUCACAAAAGAUCUGCCUCUAUGUCCGGAAUCUGCCAUUUGAUGUGCGUAAGGUGGAGAUCGUGGACUUCUUCCAGGGCUUUGGUAUCCCAGAAGAUAACGUUUACUUACUACAAGAUGAUAAGGGAGUUGGGCUUGGUGAGGGCUUGGUGAUUUUCCGAUCCGAGGAGGAGGCACUGAGGGCAGAGGUACUGAAUGGGGAAAGGUUUCUUGGGUCGGAAGUGAUGUUGAAAAGCAUCUCUAGGGCUCAGAUGCAGGAAUUUGGGAUCCUUGAUUCAUUGGAUGGGCCAUCAUUGGAGAAGAAGCUCGAGAGGUAUUCUUCAAGACAUGGCAGGACGUCUCCCCUCUCACCUGGAGGAGAGUACUCUGAUUUCGGGGUCCUGUCUAAUUCAUGGAUAUCUCCAAGCAAUUUACCGGAUCAUUCAUGCAGGAGUAGCAGCAGAUCUGACUCACGCACAGAUGGCCGUGCCACAUCCAUUGACAGAGGGGAUGGAUCUCAGCAUAGAAGAUUAGGUGCAACUGGGCAACCAUUUGAUGGCCCCACCUGUGUGAAGCUGGUGAAUCUUCCUCCAAAAAUCACCAUUGAGGAAAUUUAUGACUUUUGCUAUGGAUACAGAGUGAUUCCAGGAUCUGUGUCACUGCAAUGCAACAAGAAUGGCAUUCCUAAGGGCACUGCAACAGUUGUCUUUCACUCACGCCAGGAAGCAAUGACUGCACUCCAAGAACUGAGUGGAAGGCCUAUUGGGACCAGAAAAAUUAAACUGCUUUUCAUUUAGAUUCAGAACCAUUCGGUUGCAAAAUGAGCCAGCGGAACAAGUUUGGUUGGGACGUGUUGUGCUGGGUGGGCUUUGAGCAUUUAGCAAUGCACAGAGCUUAAACAACGAGAAACUCAUAGAGCAUGACAAAGACCAUGUGGUGCAGUCAAGGUGCAUCCUCACUGACGAUGGUUACGGAAACCAUCAUUCGCUUGAUUUGUUCCAGCAGUUUGUGCUAGUAGCUUUACACCCCACUGUAGGGGGGGGUGGGAAUAGUGUUUUCGCUUGAUUAACAAGAUCUUCAUGGAACUUUUUUCCCCUUUUAUUUCCAAGAUUUGAAGAAUUGUAGGGAAAGUAAGUUCUUCUUUGUGAAUAAUUUGAGCGUCGACAAAAACACUGCAUUUGCUUGAUUUCAGCAUAUUGCUCCCGUAAUCAACGCAUUGUGUAAAUAAACCCAUUGUUAUGUCUAUCUAAA